CCUGUUUAUCUUCUAGUUUGGCGAUGUAAUCGCAGCUGGUCUGACUGUCUGAGCUGCCAGAGCUAACGUGUUUUCACUCUACGCUCCGCUUGGUUACCGUCUCUAGUUAACGGAGACAAAGCUGAGAGUUGAAGGACGGUCCCGUUAUCUGCUGGCGGGUUUACGGGCACUGCUGCUGCAGCACGAGUCCCCCUCGGUAACGGAGGCGACGGUCCGACAGAGGAUGAGAGCGCGAGCACUGCAGUAAUGAUGCGUUUUAUUCUGGACUGCCUGAGGACACCGAGAGCGAGAAACCCGAAGGAUGAAGGGAACACCGACGUCGUGGAGACAGAUGAGAGAGUCCUCGCCAAGGCAAACGAGAUCAGAGUAAGAAGACCGCAGCACCUAGCGCUGGAGCUGGAGAAUGCAGUGGCGGUGGAGAACUUGGAGCUCCAGGAGCAGCAGUCGGACCGCAAGGAGCUGGAGGAGACUCUUGUUAAAUUAGAGACACACAAAGAAGCGCUGUUGCAGCAAAUAAAGGCAACGAGACAGCUGUGCUAUGAAGAGAGUCAACAGAUCCUGUCUCUGCAGGCGGAGGAGGUGCAAAAAGAGAGCCAGGUGGAGGAGUAUGAGAGGGAACUUGCCAGAGUCAGGUGGAGGCUGAAGAGGCUCCGAGAUGAGGUGAAGCUGGCCAAGAGGAAGGUGGAGGAGGCUGGAGAGAGGGACACUCCUCUGCAAGACUCCAUCAGGCAGUCCUAUGAAGAGAUCCUGCAGGAGGAGCACACUCUGUAUUCUCUGUCAGGAGGCGCAGUCACUCCAGAAAGCCAGCUAGAGGAGUCAACAUCUCCUGCAGACACCACUGAAGAUGACCCGCUGCCUAUGAGGCCAUGGGGAAGGAGCCAAUCACUGCCUGCCUAUGCUGACCUGAUAAUGAGGGCCAGUGGCUCGUCUUUCUGCAAUAAUCUAGCCAAUACCAGAGAAGAAGCAGAUGACAGCGGGACCAGCUCCCCAAAGAUGGAUAGAUCUGACAUAGAGGAUGACCUAGAGGAGGGAGCGAUCAACAAUGAAGGGGAAAAAGAGAGAGAGAUGGAAGAGUCCACUGUGAACCCAAACCAUAUCAGCCAACUGGACUUCUACCAAGCCAAUCCUUUCGCCCACUGUCAGAGUGACCAUGACCUCUUCAAUGAAGACCUGUUCCCUAAAACUGACUCAUCCGGUGGAUUCGCUUCGGACCCUUUUAAAGGCAGUGACCCCUUUGCAGCAGAUAUUUUGUUCCCAGAUGUGAACAUAGGCACUGAUGAUGGGGCAGGAAAUGUUGGUGAUGAGGCAGACACUAGUCUGUCCUGUGCCGAAAACAAAGCCUCUACAGGAACUCAGUGCUUUGAAUCUGAGUUCCCAGAUGAAGACAGCGACAUAGAAAUAAGCUACAGCCGAGAGGACCUGGACGCCAUCGCCGUAGUUGACGAUUCUUGCGGAUUUAAACCCAUUCAGAGCUCGUCAGAAGAGCUGGGACCGGAGCCCAUCCAGGGUUGGAGGUCACACGGUAGGUAUUCUAUAGAAUCGGACCCUAAUGGGUAUGAGCUGGACCUUGGCACCGUCUCCCCUCCCUCUGACAUAGAAGAACAGAGUCUGGGAUCUCUAGCUGGAGGGGCUACCACCGAGGCAACCGCAGGACUGGAACAAGGUCUGGGAACUGGUUCAGCUCCGGCUGUCCCUGAGCUUGACAAAGAAGUCCUGAUGAAACCAAAUUGGACCGGCGACAUAGAGCAGACUGUGUCUUGUUAUGUUACCUCCAGUCAGGAGGCCGAGUUGGUUGGCAACAUUGAAGAGGAACCCCAAAACCCUGCAACUCCCCAAAACUCAGUAGACUCCCAAAACCUCUUCAUCCAGCCCGACACAGAUCCCAACGGAGAGCUUAGUUUUGAGUUGAGCUAUGAACAAACCAGUCAGUCUUCCUUUGACCCAUACGGCUUUAAACUCAGUCCAGAACAUUCAAGUCACACCCUCUUAGACCCCGAUGAAGUUGAACUGAGCCCGGAACCUUCUGAAAACGAUCUGAACUUUGACCCUGAGCCUUCCUCUUCUCAGUCAGACCAACUAAACGUUGAUUGCUAUGGGUUUGACAUCACUUCGUCCCAAAUGGUACGGGACUCUGAUCCUUAUGGCUUUAAGCUCAGUCCUGAGGAAGAGAACCAAGAGGUACCUGACCUCUGUGGCCAUGACAACCAGGAGGCGAUGGACCUUUGCACCUAUGACAACAACGAGCAAAUAGAACCCUGUUACUAUAGCAACGAGGAAGUGCUAGAACCUCAUACCCAUGAAAACCAAGAAGUGCUUGAACGUUGUAGCCACAAUAACGAGGGACUGCUGGAUUUAUGUAACAAUGGAAACCAAGAAUUGCUGGAACCUUGUAGUCUUGACAACACCCGGUUGGUUAGCGAUGAAAACCAGCAAUUCCUGGAUCUCUGUAGUCAUGACAACCAGGAGGUGGUGGAACCCCAUUGCCUUAUAACCAGCGAAGAACUACUGGAACCUUGUAACUAUGGUAACCAAGAAGUGCUGGAACCUUGUCGCCGUGGCAAUAGCCAACUGCUGGAUUUCUCCAGUCCUGAAAAUCAGGAAGUGCUGGAUUUAGAUAGCCAUGGCGACCAAGACUUAGUAGAUUUUGGUAGCAAAGAAAAUCAGGAAGUGCUGGAUUUAGUUAGCCAAGGCAACCAAGACUUACUGGAUUUUGGUAGCAAAGAAAAUCAGGAAGCACUAGUUUCAGGUAGCCACGGCAACCAGGAGCUCCUUGAUCUCGGAAGCAAUGAAAAUCAGGAAUUGUUAGACUUAGGUAGCCAUGACAACCAGGAGGUGCUGGACUUGUUGAGUAAGGACGUUUUCCCCGAAGCGAACAAUAACCAAUGCAUAGUGGAACCAGAGCUUGACGUCAGUUCCACCAACAACAGCUCAGACAGUGAUGUGGCAUCAGAAGACCUGCUGGGACUCGAACUCAGUUACUCCAGUAUCUGCACUACCAACAAAACUAACACCAAUACUGCCCACACCCUCAACAUGGCCGUCGGCAACAUGUCUGCCAACCAGGACAUUGCACCAUCCAAUGCUCCCACCAGCCGCAACUUGUUAGAAGGUGAUCUGGGCUCAGUGUUUGGAGCCGGAGGAUACAUCGGUUGUCCUGAUGUAGCUGACGACCUCGAGCCUCUGGAGCGAAGGCAGGCAAACCCAGUAGCAGAGCCAGUACGACCAGUCAGACCAGUUAGGCCUCCUCGGCCCUCGCUCAGGGCCAAGGAGAAGGCUCAGUCCCAGACUCAGGGCGUCGACCUGAAGUGAUCUCUCACCAACCAACACUAAUGGGGGG